CAAACAAACCAACAGCACGGCAACAUUCCGGCCACGCGAAGUCUUUCGCGAAAUUCUAAGUAAAUUAUCAAAAUUCUUUGGUCGCGGUAAAUUCUAUCAGCGAAGUCGAAAAUAGUAAGACGAUCUCUAUUAUGCCUCUUCACUACAUCAAGAAUCCCAUGUACGCACUUUGUCUCUUAGCGGCAGUUUGCGUACGACAACAUGUGCAAAAUAAUAGAUUUCGCCGCAUGUAUAGAACCGACCAAGCAUUGACGAAAGGCGUGUCGCUUCAAACUCCGACGACAGUGCACAGGAAACGGAACGAAGCGAAUUUGAAGACGUUAACUAACCCGAAGAAAGAGCUUAACUACGUGGAAGUUGAUCAAAAGAAACCGGUAAACCUCGAAGCAGCAGAUUCGUUGGUUCAUUGCGUGCAGAACUUCGCUAAACGGGCUCGGCGAAUCGUUAACGAUAUUCGGACGAGCAUACCGGGUUCCAAGUCGACAGAAUCCGUCGAUCCGCUCACUUCGUCAAACAUUUUAGAUUCGUUGCUUUACUUAACGAGCGACGUCGGAAUCAAAUGGUUAGCCUGAGACACCGAUUUGUGAUGCACUAAGAAUCCAUCGAAGAACUGUCGUUUGACCAAGGCCAAUGUGGAUUAAGGGGGGAAUUCGCAAGCGAUCUUUGUCAAUCGACGGUAAAGAAGAUAACAAAGUUCGAAUGUUUGCUGUUCUGUCGUGGACAUCGAGGUUAUCGGACAACUUGAAUCGAAGGAGCUGAUAAAACCAUAGUUUGCUUCACAGGUGGAUCGGUUCGGUGCUGUGCGCUCGAAAGGCGCCAACGAGCGCGCACGCACCGAACACGACGCUGAAGCAGACACGCGAGUGUAUUUAAACGCUCGUUCAUUUUCGUUUCCAUCGAACAUUUCGUUAUUUAAAGAUGUAAACGUUGCAACGAUCAUAAAUCAAUAAAUCUUC